AUGAGUCGUCGAGAUGGUCCUAUUGACGAAAAAUGGCUCGACAGACCACGGGCCAAACGCAGCUCUGAUAGACCAUCUUCAAAUGUCGAUGAUUCUUCGAAGAAGCAUUGCCAUAAAAAAGCUGGCGAAACUUUGAGCGAGAGUGAAAAUAGUCGUUGGACCGAAAAGCUGACCAAAAAGGGAGAUUCCCCAGAGGUGUCAAAAAGCCAAAGGGAUAUUCAUCAGACAAAUCUCUUUAGCUUUUUCUCCUCUUCGUCUUCCACAAAGAAACAAUCGAUGCAGCAUGAAAACGACAAGAUUUCCCCCCAACAUGAAGGAAAGGCUAAAACUGCAACAAAAAAAGCCACACCAGCUCAGGAGAAAAACGCAUUCUCGCAACCAAUUUCAGCUAAGCCCGCUGAGCCACAGCUAGAUCAACCAGGAGCAAUUUCCGAUGCUAUUCCAAAACCAAUGAUACCCUCCACAGUUUCUCCGCCUCAAAAUGUGAUAUGGAAUUCUCCCAUGGAUAGUGUGAUCAUUCGCAAAGUGCGGGGAGAGAAACCAAGAAAGAAAGUAGCAGCAAUGGAUUUGGAUGGCACAUUGACCGUAUGGAGAAUCAGUGGAUGGCCAUCAAGAUUGGAGCACUAUGAAUUAUGGAGCUCUACCAUUCCGUCACAACUUCGAUCGCUCCACGAUGACGGACACAAGUUGGUCAUUUUCAGCAACCAAGGGGCGAUCCGCAAAUCGCACGAUGGAAAAAAAGCUACAUUGGUGAAGAAUGUCAUCAAUUGGAUCGCUGGACUGGUCGACCGACCAAUUCAUGCGGUGAUGUCGACCAAAAGCUUAAAGAACGACCCAACAAAUUCUUAUCACAAGCCAAGCGAGAAAAUGUGGGAUGUUGCCAUUCGAUUUCUGAACAAUCGAGAGCCAUUCGAUGUCACCAAAAGCUUCUUUGUCGGCGAUUCUGCCGAUGUCAACGACGAGCAAGGUGGUGUGGAUUUACGCUUCGCUGCUGCCAUUAGCAUGACACAUGGUGGCGGCUCGCAGCUCCAAUUUUGUGAACCAUCACAAUUUUUUGGGCCAAGCGACGCUAGUCGUCGGGCUUCGGCAAAUGCUAUAGGAAAAUCUAUUCCACCUCCGCCCAAUGAAGCACUGAAAGCGAGAGCUGCUUUUCUCGGUGGAUAUUAUCCACGAGUUCCCAUCAUGUUGCUAUUGUGCGGAGUCCAGGGUAGUGGAAAAUCCACUUUUUGCAAACAACUACUCCGUGUCAAUGCCGAAAGCUGGAUUCAUUUGAGUCAGGAUACGAUCAACAAAGGGAAACCAGGGAAGCGAGAACAAGUUGAAGCGCGAGCAAGGGCCGCAAUUCAAAAUGGAAAAUGUGUUCUCGUUGAUCGCAUGCAUCUAGAUCCAAUGCAAAGGAAAUUCUUUAUUGAUGUGGCAAAAUCUGAGAAUGCCCCGGUCCAUGUUGCAGUGUUCAAGCCACCAAGAAAUGUCAUUCUGGAACGUGUUCGGAACCGAACGAAUCAUCCUGGAAAGGUGAUGGGUGAAAGCGGGGUUCGACAGGCGUCAAGAGCUCUGGACAAAUUAGAGAUGCCAUCAUACUCUGAAGAAAUCGAAUUGAUCACCUGCGUUUCCACAGCACAAAGGGUCGGGUGGCUUGCAUCUCUGUACGGCAACAUGAUGGGGGGAGCGAGUGGGUUCUACUUUCCUCACUGUGAAAUUCCUGCUUCGGACAACUUCAAGAUGCCAACUAUUUCGCUCGGAACGAUGGGCAUGGGCAAGCGAAAAGCCAAGGAAAUAGUGCUUUCAAUGAUUGAUUCUGGUUUUGGCUGUAUUGAUACAGCCCCAACCUACAGGAAUGAAGAAGAAAUCGGAAAAGCGUUGUCUUUUUCUAAAAGCGAUACACUUUGUAUCGUGAAAAUUCCGAAAGCUGCCACGACCACAGAAAAAGUUCGUCUGUCCCUAGAUUCAACACUGGGGAAGUUGCAACUGAAGCAAGCGGAUCUCCUUCUCCUACACUGGCCAUGCGACGUCAUGGCGGCUGGAACCCUGUCAGCUGUAUGGAAAGAAAUGGAGAGUUACUUGAACGACGGUCUUUGCAAAGCACUUGGCGUCUGCAAUUUCAAUGUUGGCGCCCUUGCAUCUCUCCUUUCCGUUUGCACAGUUCGACCUGUCGUGAACCAAGUUGAGCGCCAUCCGCUCUUGGCUCAAUGGGAUCUACUUGAUUUUUGUACACAGAACGACAUUUUUCUGCAGGCACAUUCGCCAUUGGGGCAGGGCAGUGAUGAGCUAUUGAAUCAGCCCCUACUCAAGUGUAUUGCUAGCGAGACCUCGAUGUCAACAGCACAGAUAGUGAUUCGUUGGAAUCUACAGCACGGGGCACUGGUGACUCCAAAAUGCUGUACGCCAGAUCACGCAAAUGAAAUCUUGUCCACUUUUGCGCUGUCAUCAGAUCAGAUGAAAACCAUUGAUUCGCUGGACAGAGGGCGACGAUUUGUCAGCCCACCGUUCAUGUAUGGCACGGCAGUUUAUUGUUGGGGUAAACAAAUCCGGACAUAG